AAAUGAGAAGCGAAUGAACGCGUAGUCGCGCUAUCUACGCAUAUACGACCGCUGAUAAACCCGAGUACAUCAGUUGAGCAGUUGAUAGUCGCAGUGAGGUUUCAGUGCCCGGUGGAUCGAAUCCAGAAUAAAAAUGCCGCGCCUACCGUUCACUUUCAGAGGAUACGUCGCUCCGGUAUUCACGCCGUUUCUAAACGACAGUACAAGGAGCUUGAACCUAUCCUUCAUACCGCAAUAUGCCCAAUUUCUUCUGGAACGCGGAAUCCCCGGAGUGCUCGUCAACGGGUCGCUGGGCGAGGGACCCUCGAUGAAUGUUGAAGAAAGAAAAUCCGUACUCGAAGCUUGGGUACGCGCUGUUAAAUCAACGAAACAACACUUGAUGGUGCAAAUUGGGGGAGGCUCCCUACCCGACGUCCUCGAAUUGGCAAAGCAUGCUGAAAAGCUUGGCGUCGAUUCUAUCCUCUGUCUUCCGGAACUUUAUUUCAAGCCUAAGACGCCCAAACAAUUAGUAGAGUACUUGCGAAUCGUCGGUCAAGCCGCCCCCAGAACACCGUUGCUUUACUACCACGUACCGAUGUUCUCGAAUGUUGAUAUAAACAUGGUUGAGUUCUUGGAGGCAGUCGGUAAUCGGAUUCCAUCUUUUGUCGGCAUGAAAUUCACCAGCCCAAACCUUUCCGAGGCAACGGAUGCCAUGCACGUUAACGAUAAGGAGUUCGCCAUUUUUGUGGCCACUGAUCAGACGUUAGCAGGUGCCUUUGUUCUAGGACACGAUUCCGCAAUAGCGGGGACGCUGAAUGUGUUUGGUGAUCAAUUAGUCGAUAUACAAAAAGCCAGUAAAUCAGGGGAGUGGAAAAAAGCCCAAGAAAUACAGAAAACUGUAGCAAAAUCCAUAGCUGCCGUUAUCCAACAUGGUCACUUUGUCGAGACCAUGAAAGUCGCAAUGGCACUUCUAACACCGUUCGAUAUGGGACCUCCUAGAGCCCCAUUAUGCCCCGCUUCUGCCGAAAAAGCUGCCGCGAUAAGAGAAAGUUUGAAAGCUUUGGGUUACCAGCUUUCUAAUUGAAUGAGGAUUGUUUCGCCACCUUCGUAAACUUGAUUACGUCUAACGCGUGAUUGUUUGAGGAAGUUCAACUUUUGUAAUUGCAAGAUACAAUAAAACAGAUUGUAUAUUCUCUUAA